AUGGUUAAACGAAAUCAUACAAAACAAUCGCAUAAAAAGAGUAAAGGUGGUGGUCUUGGAAAACAAUCUGCUCAACAAAAACAAGCUUAUGAAGCGACAGUUUCUCCUACGGAAACAAAUCAACAUGGAAUCGAAAAGAAAAAAACUAAAUCACGUCGAAAUGCAAAAACUACGAGACAAAAGAAGACAAAAAGAAUAGGUCAUAAAUCAACAAAUCGUAAAGGUGCUCAUCAUGAUGAACAUCAUCAUAUUCAAACAAAUGACACUAUGAAUACUUCUCAUGAAUAA